AUGUAUGGCGUGGGACAGCCCUCUCACCCAGUGUCCUGCCUCUCCUGCGUUAUCCCUGUCGCUUGCCUUGACAGGAACUCCUGUCCAGAACGGCUCAUUUUCCACCUUUGCCGCAGUAAGCGGCGGCCAAGGGGCCGAGGGACCCAGCGGAUCAGAUCUGGCGGCUCCACACGGGGUAGGAGAACCAGGAGCAGCCUUAGCUGGAGCGAGGGGCAGCCCUCGUGGCGUGGGGGAGCAAUUUCAGGCGCUGUUCACCUCGGCCGGCGGGCAGCGCACCUGGAGGCUGCUAGAAGCCCCUCUCAGCCUCUCCCGAGCGGCAGCGGGCAGCCCCGGGCGCUGGGGCACGGCAGCUGGGGCGGGCAGGCUGCCGCAUGCCUCCGUUUCCUCGCUUUCCUCCGGCAGCUGGGGGCGGGCAGACUCCUUCCCGGCUCCCUCCCGGCUCCGUGCUACGGCUGUGCCCGCCCGGGGAGGACUACAGAGCCCGUCGGUCCCUGCGCGUCGCCCACACACCCCCGCCUCUCGCCGCUAUCGCUGCCUCUUGCCAGCCGGGAGCCGGACCCGGCUCGCCCGAGAGGGGCUGCGUUGCCGGGCAGGGCAGGGCAGGGUAGGGGUGCUGCGGGAGGCGGCCACGCUCGGGGGCGGCAGCGGCGGGGUGGAGCUGGGCGGCCCCGGCCCCGUCCCGUGCGGGGGAGCGGCUCCUCGCAGCCUCGCUGCCCCGUCCCCACCGCUCCUGUCGCCGCGGCUCAUGAGGUGAAGAUGGUGAUCCGCGUCUUCGUCGCCUCCUCCUCGGGCUCGGUGGCGAUAAAGAAGAGGCAACAGGAUGUGGUGCGGUUUCUAGAAGCCAAUCGCAUUGAGUUCGAAGAAGUGGAUAUCACCAUGUCAGAGGAGAAGAGACAAUGGAUGUAUAAAAAUAUUCCUGAGGAUAGGCAGCCUGCACAAGGCAAUCCACUGCCACCACAGAUAUUCAGUGAUGAUCGGUACUGUGGGGAUUAUGAUGGCUUUUUCGAAUCAAAGGAGAGCAACACUGUAUUUUCCUUUCUUGGACUGAAACCUACUUUGGCAUCAAAGGAGUCAGAACCAUAGAAAGCUCAUGUGAAGUAUCAACAAGCACAUUCCUGAAUGAGUGACUUUAUUCUUCAGCACAUAACAGCUUCCCCACUGGAUCACUGUGAUAGAGCAAACAUGUCAUUAGUAGUAGUCUGCUUGCCAUGAGAUGGUGCUCUCCAAUAAUGUGGAGCUAAUAACACACAUAUGAAAUAGGAUUAGGGCUGGGCUACUCAUCUUCCAUUGUAAAAAUGCUCACUGUUGAUGUUUCACUUUUGUCUUUGGAUUUUGCAAGUGGCCCUGAUAUUCUAGCAGGCAUGUAUGUUUGAGAAUAAGGAUUGGAAGUGUAGGGCUUGUCAUAUUCCUUACCUUUUUUAAUUCUUCCCACUACUGUAGUUCAAAUUAGCUCAUGAUGAUAGUUGAAGUGCUGGUGGUUAUUAGGAUGCUUGUGCUGGCUAUGAUCCAGAAGGUAAAAAGCAUCAAUCUUGAGAUCUCAGUCUAAGCCAAUAACUGCCAUAUUUUUGCUCUACAUUUAUUUAUUGUGAUGUUUAUUCUAGAUCAUGGUUGUUUUAAGAGACAUGGGCUGCUAAUCUUGUUAAUGAAGACUCAAUUUGUCUAAUGAUGCACAUUGCAACUGACUGUUUAAAACAAAUUGCUACCAUGAAGGAGGUGCCAAAGUGAAAUAUUUUGACAUGUUUCCAAAUGCAGGUGAAAUGUUCAGUAAAGCACUUGGUGGCAAUACUGGGGAAUUCAGAAGAGCUAAAGGGAGUCUCAUAGCUAAUGAUAAUAUGAAGUUAUGUCUUAACUGAGAAAGUCUUUAACACCCAAGGUUGGAGCUCUAUAGUUGGACUGUCUUAAAAUGAAAUUUUGCCAAAACUUCAGUUUACCUUCAGUAACACACAGCUCCACCACAAACCACAUGAGGGUCAGGGGGUUACUUUGAGAGCAAGGUUUCAGUCCCAUGGUUAAACACUCCACCAUGGUCCAAGAUCAUGCUUAACUUGCCUAGCUGCUGUCCUGGUUAUAUCCCCAGAUGUGGUCAUGUGGAGGUGCCUCAAAGGCAGUGAGAAACCUGUGUGUGUGCUUUGCCAAAUGAGGCCAAUGAGUUUGUUCAGCUGAAGAACAGGAGCCAAGUAAAGGAAGUGGAGAUUAUUCCAGUGGGACUGCAUUGAUGCACAUAGCAGAACUUAGGCCUAUGACUUGCCAGUGACCAUUACAGAAUGCAUUCUAGACAGAAGUAAAAUUGCAUCACACAUUUUGAAUCAAAUCCAGAUACAUAAAUAACAGCUAUGCUGUAAUGUAGCUUUUACUCUAGUGAUUUCAUGCUGGCAAGGUAGUGCCAUCAGAGUGGACAUCCUUAUGUAUUUGGGCAAAUGAAAGACAGCCACUGUAUAGAAAAGCUGCUUUGCAAUCACUCAGACUGUGUAGUUUGAAGGAAGCCAGACUUGUAAAAAGUGUCAGAAAGCAAUACUAUCACAACAAAACCCCACUGUGAAGUAGAUCACAUAUUCUGUUGACAUCACUAAUCAUAGCAUACCAGACAUGUCAGCUGGAAGGGACAACUGAAGGUCUUCUGGUCCGGCACUGUCAAAAUCAGGCUGAAGAACCACACUAGCUUGGAUCAGAUAUGGGUUUGUCUAGCAGAGCAUUAAGAAUAUCCAGAGCUGAAGAUCUCAUAACUCUCUAAGUAACCAGUGACAUUGCUGCAGUGCUUUCCUAGUGAAAACUUUAUCUCUUCAAGUCCAGCUUUGGCUCCUAGGCUUUAAUUUGAGGCUGCUGCCUUUGCAGUGGUUUUUUUUUUUUGGCAGUCACAAGAAGAGAUUGGCACCAUUCCUUUUUUAAUGACCCUCAAAAUAGUUGUAGGCUAACAUUGGGUCACCUCUUAGCCUUCUUCUUACCAGACUGAACAAACCUGGCUGCUCAGUUGAGCUAAAGAUCUAGAUGGAACAAGAGCACACACAGAUUUGAAGUCUGUGGUUGUAUUCACAGGUCAAAAUCUUUUCCAGAGCACCUUCUUUAGAGGAAUCUUGAACGGGCAUUGAUGUAUGUACAUGCAUUUUUAAGAAUUAUGUUGUCUGUGUCAAGGUACUGUGACAUUCUUGUAACCAAUCCCAUAUUUUCAUGAGACUUGAACCUCGCUAUAGGAAGGGAAUAUGACAUGAGGUGGAGCUGUACAUUGUUAACUUCACCACAUUCAAUAUAACUAUUCCUAAAAAGAAGUUAAAUAUUUAACUUUGUAAAUGAAUAGAUAUAUGAAUUUAUGUAAUUUUGCAGUUGAUUACAGAGAAGCCAUCCUGGAUUUAUCAUGUACUUGAUAUGUUGUAAACUUUGAGAACUGCCUGAAGUCCCAGGUUUGAUAAAUUUAUCUAAGUGUGUAAGCAUAGACACAUGAGUAAUCCUGGGUGUGAAACCCCAGGCUUACUGAUGUGAAAGGAAAAAACACUCUGAUUUCUCCAGGGGUGAAAUUAGUUUCACAAAGCUCCUUUUGAAUUUUGAUAAUUGUAGAAUAGAAGGCUCUCGUUUAGUGGAGAGUUAGUCUUGUUUCAGCUCUUAAGUAAACCUGGCUUAUUUCAGAGCAUGUGUGUGGGCAUAGUCAGUUGUAUGGAGGACAACACUAGCUCCAAAGAUAUCCUGCUUGCUUGCAUGGAUUGGCAGUGUAAGUCCCUUAGAAUGUGUGCUUUUGAAUUAUAAGUAGCUAGUUUAACAAAAAAAAAAAAAAAAAAAGUAUAUAUGUUUGGAUGUGAAUUUUGACUGUUGUACAACAGCCUUAUUUUUGUAAUUAAAGCAAGUAGACUUCUAGUUUGUUACACAAGAUGAUCUGGAAUUUUUUUAAUCAGUUUUGUAGUAAUGAUAUGUAGCUAUCAGGUAACUGAAAAGGUCUGGGGAAACUAGAGACAUUUAUUGAAAGCGAUAGGAAAUUCUUAAUUCUGUUUUAAAUUUUGGUGUAUAAAGCUAUGCUUAAGAACCAAAUGAUCCCAGUUUCUAGCUAAUACUUAUAACUACCCCACUUUUUGAAAUGGAGAGCAGUGUGAGUGAAACUUAAUCUUUGUACCUAGCUAAAGUUGCUGUGUGGGCUGACGUGCACGUGCACAUUCACUGUAUCAGUGGCUUUGAUAGAGGUGUUUUUGUUUGUGCCACACACUACUGGAUAGUGCCUUGCCAGAAAGAGGACUGUUUCUGUGGGGUCUUCUUAGAUGUGCUUAAAUUUUGAACUGAGAAAGGCAUAGUUUCUAUAUUGCUAUUUUUUUAAUAAUACAGUAAAUUUAUUUUGAGGCCUGAGUCAAAAGGCACAUUCUUUGUAAGACUGAAACAGUUUUUGAUGAGUCUUCUGAACUCUUGAUUUUUCCUAGGUGACUUUGUUUUUUUAAUUUUCUUUUCCUUUUUGUUGACUGUCUAGCAUCAAACCUUCCAAGGGAAGUGAACCUGGAGUAAAGCCCAUAAAUUCAUGUUUACACUUUCUUUAAAAUAGUGUCUGAUUUCAAUGUUGAGCAGGCCAAGUGCUAUCACUGAAAUGAAGAGUAGCUGCCAAGCUCUCAGUGGAUUUCUUGCUUGUCCCUCCCUGUCCUUUUUCACCCUCAGGCCAUUUAUUUGAGGUGUCUUAUUCAGGCAUUACCGUGGUUCAGAAGUAGGACCCUGAAAUGCCUUGUGGCCCUUCACAGGAGUGCAGGAUUGGGGUGAUCACCAGGGAAAUGCCAAAUCUCUUUGGUUUUCAGUAACUUAUUCACUGAUUUCACUACCCAUGGCACAAAGAGUGGGAGGAGGAUGGAGCCCUAUAUGUUCACCCUUCACAGGGAGCCUGAGUGGAAGACCCAGUGCAGAAUGGCCCUCAGCUUGCUCUGGCACCCUGAGCAGAGGUUCUCACAGGGGCCCUUCACUGGCAGCGCCACAUGUGACACCACACACCACUGCUUUCCACAGGACUUCAGCUGCAUCAUUGCCUAUGCUUCACCCUCCUGCUCCCUAAGGAAUUUGGGAGGGAAAACAACGUCUUCUUGAGAGCAGUCCUUCAGCCAGGGCAGAUCCAGCUUACUCCCUUAUCUUUACCUCUUCCUCAUGAAUGUCGUUCUGUCCUGUGUAGACCUCCCUGUGUGCAAAGCUUCCACUCCCAGCCAUCUGUAACAUCCCUGUGGGGUCACAAACACAGAGCUGGUGUUCCCCUUCAUGGCAUCAGUGUUCUGUAACUCAGUAGGGGAGGGAGCAUGUUGCAUCCUAGGUUGUGUAUGUGUUAUGUAUUAAACUGUGUUCAUCUAAUAAAGAACUGUAAUUCACAAAAAGAAA